CUCUCUCUCUUCUCAAUCAUUUUCUCUCUCCUGUGCUGAGGCUGAGGCGUGGCCUUCCCCUCUCAUGAUUCCUUCUCCCAUGUCCCCAUUCUUCCCUUCCUCUCCUCUUUCUCUCUCACAACUCCAUUAAUGCACUCUGUUCUCCCUCCUCCAUAAUCACAAUCAUAUCUUAUCUCUCUCCUCUGCCAGUUUUUGACGCUCUUUCAACCAGACAGCAGCCAGGCCGAGCCAUUAUUGUUUCCACUCGUAGCUUCUUCUAUUUAAGCAAUAUUGUUUUUCCAUGGAUGUUUGGGACCAACAGAUGCCAGAAGAUCGACACGGCCGCCACCGGAGGCAGAAUCCGUCAUUUUCUUCUUCUCUUCUUGACGCCAUUUAUCGCUCCAUCGACGAAACCAACGGUGUCCAGGGCGAAGAGCAGGUCGUCUUGUACAGAGAGACUAUGAGGAAGAAGAAGCAGAGCAUUGGCUUGGAAGACGGUGAAGAUGAUGGACUCAAUUUCCGACGCGCUUGUAUGAUCGAGAAGUGGAUGGAGAAGAAGGUGAGCGAGAAGGUCGUGGUUCGCCGGAGUUCUAUGGCGGAUUUCGAUCGGAAGGCGAGGAAUGUUCGAGAUCGCGAUCGCGAUCGCAAUCGUGGUUUUAAGAAAUUGAUGAAUUCGAAUUCGAGUUCGAGUUCCUCUGAAUCCAGUUGUGGAGGGGGAUUUUCUUCGUCCGAGUCGGAAUCGAGGUCGUCUUCUUAUACAAUGCUGAGGCCGAGGCCGAUAAGGACGGAGAAGCCUCAAUUCGACGGCCAUGGCGACGCGAUUAAAGUUUCGGUCCCCAAUCAGAAGCCGAAGCACGAAAACGGCUUCGUGAAGACGAAAUCGAAAGCCCUAAAAAUCUACGGCGAUCUGAAGAAAGUGAAGCAGCCAAUCUCUCCCGGCGGCCGCUUCGCGACCUUCCUGAACUCCCUCUUCAACGGCGGCAGUCCAAAGAAGCAAAAAUUCACAAACUCCGCCCAACAGAACGACGCCUGUAUGAGAAAAUCCAAGUCCGCUCAAGGAUCGACGUGUUCUUCCGCCUCCUCGUUCUCCAGGUCCUGUCUCAGCAAAACACCGUCGUCCGGCGAGAAACUCAUCAACAAUGGCAGCACAAAACGAUCGGUCAGAUUUUGCCCCGUGAGCGUGAUACUAGACGAGGACUCUCGGCCUUGCGGACAUAAAAGCCUGCAAGACGAACUAGGUCUAAUGGCGGCAGCGACAACUCUGCGAAACGCUCUGAGGAACGACCAUUGCCGAGCAGAUGAAGCUACAGAGGAUCUGAUGAACAGUUACCAAAAGAAGAUCAAUGGCGAUGUAUAUAUAAACAGAGAAGAAGACGACGAAGAUGAAGAGGAAGACGACGAAGAAGAAGAAGACGACGACGAUGCAGUGAGUUGCUCGAGCUCUGAUUUGUUCGAAUUGGAUAAUCUCUCAUCGAUCGGAAUCGAAAGGUAUCGCCAAGAACUUCCAGUUUAUGAAACAACGCAUUUCAGUACGAAUCAGGCCAUCGCCAGUGGAUUAAUUUUGUAAUAAUAAUUAACCAAAAAAAAAGAGAAAGAAGAUAUGGGGGUGAUGGUAAAAAGUUUAUAUUAGCCUUUUGGAAUUAGUGUCUUGGGGGUUUACAUCAAGAAUAACUAAAGAUUUUCUCUCUUUAA